UCGACCCUAUUUAGUCAGCAUUUUAGAAGAUUUCCUUCGGGCCGGCAGCACCCACCCACACUCGGCACCGAAUGACUGCUGACAGUACGAACCCAACACGUGAUUGAUUUAGCACUGCAAGUCGCGACUUUUCUUUGACCCCACUUCCUCAACGAGGGCCCACAGGUAUACACAAACACCAUCCAACACUCACGAAGUCGCAAUCGUAGAGAUGCCAGCGAGCUUUCUGAGUCUUCCUGCCGAACUUCGCAACGAGAUAUACAAAUAUCUUUUCGUACGCAGAGAGCCUAUUGAUCCCUGGAAUGGGGAUCAUGAGCUGGAACUCGAUCUACUCUUUACGAAUUCGGCCAUCCUACACGAGGCCAGGUCACUCCUUUAUGGCCAUAAUUGCUUUGACCUUACGUGGGAACCUUGCCGUAUACCCGAAUUUCUUGUCACAAUUGGUUUCAUCAACUCGUCUCACCUUCAGUGUAUCCGCAUCGACUUUCCAGAACUUCGCUAUCUUAAAGACGACGAGGUCAGCCUGACAGAAGAGAGCUUUAGUUUCUUGGAAAAGAUCCAGUCACGCUGUACCAAUCUACAAAAGCUCAUAAUGGCCGCAGAUAGCACAAGUGCUAUGGAAUAUCGGCUGGAUUCAUAUGACAACCCGAGACUAUGUGAUAAGGCGUUAGCACUGGUAGAUGCUGGCUUCAGAGCAAUUCCGUCUCUCCAAGAAAUCGUCAUCGAGAUUUAUGAAGAAGGCCCAGACUCAAUCAUUCGAAGGAAAAUGGAGAGUCAAGGAUGGAAACUCAUUGUGGUAGAGCGAGCGGAAGACGAGGAGUGGGACAUCGACAGAACUUGGGACGAGAUUGAAGCGACUUCUGGAGAAGGGCCGCAGAUUAGGGAUCUGCAGUGCCCGUAAGCUACAACCAGGCGAAGGAUGAUUUCAGACCAUGAAUCAAUUCACUAGCAUUGAGAAUUAUGCUAAGUCAACCUCCUGAAUCUACUUAUCAUAUUGAGGCAGAAUCAGGGCGGCAAUUUGUUACAGUAACAUGUGAUUAAUUUGGUCAGGUCCGCCCUGAGUGAGCCAGGCAGAAUGUGCCUUACGGUUUUGGGACUUCAGGAAUAGCCCGCAUGAUGAGUCAUCCCCUUGGCAGCCAAUGAUCGGAGCAGUUUGUCGCGACGGACAAAGACUUGAUCAUGCGGGAAUGGGACGGUUGAUGAGGGGGAUUGGCGGAUUUUUUGGUCGCUCUAUUUUUAAUAAAUUGUUCCUGAGCUUUAUCGGAUGAAUUCUGCGCGGAUCGAGCCGAAGUUGUCCCCCAGUUCUCCCCCCACCCCACCCGUUUGAAGUCCAUGGUCGUAGCCAUCGAAUGAUACUGAUGCUAUGGUUGCUGUGAUGGAAAAUCAUACGCCCUGCGCACCUCAUCUGGAGCGAUGCUGUUUGACCAUCGUAUUUAGUCUCUUUUAUUGGGUAUAAUAAAUCACGGCCGAGCAGCUCGUUGCUCAAUUGGCCACUGCAUUCGAAGGUUAUAUCAAUGCGAACAAGACAAGUGCCGCUCCU